GGGAGUCGCUGCGGGCAUGGAGGAGUCUUCCUUCUCAUCCAUGUCCUAUUUCUAACAGGACACCCUUGAGUAUUACUCCUUGUCGUAGAUCUCACAGUCCUUCUCCCUUUUCCGUACAUCUGUGUAUCCGACAGCCCUACCAACAAUCAUAUUGACGCCCUCUUCGGAUUCAUCCCCAAUUCCUCAUCAUGAACGUCAGUCGGCCCUCAAAGGGCAUCCGCAUGCCCUGGCAAUCCAUGCACAUCCACCGACACCUCCCCGACUCGGAACGCGCCCCCCGCCUGCCCCUAUCCUUCCUCCCACGCACCGCCAAGCGCUACGUCGUCGCCUGCGCCGGCGAGUUCGUCGGCACAUUCAUGUUCCUCCUCUUCGCCCUCGGCGGCACAAACGUCGUCAACACGGCCCCGGCAGAGGGCGCAAACUCGGCCGACCUGUCCGCGAACCCGAGCAAGAUCAUGUUCAUCGCGCUGUGCUUCGGCAUGAGUCUGGCCGUGAAUGCAUGGGUGUUUUUCCGGAUUACGGGGGGGCUGUUUAAUCCCGCGGUGACGUUUGGCAUGAUGAUUAUUGGCGCGAUGGAGUAUGCCAAGGGCGGCAUGAUUAUCGCGAGUCAGAUCCUCGGCGGCAUUGCGGCGAGUGCGGUUGUGAGCGCCAUGAUGCCGAAUGUGCUUGCGGUCAAGACGGAGCUGGGCGGCGGCACGACGGUCGUGCAAGGCCUGUUCAUCGAGAUGUUCCUCACCGCCCAGCUCGUCUUCACCAUCUUCAUGCUCGCGACGGAGAAGCACGCGGGCACGUUCAUCGCCCCCGUCGGCAUCGGCCUCUCCCUCUUCGUCGCCGAGCUCAUGGGCGUCUACUACACCGGCGGCUCCGUCAACCCGGCCCGGUCCUUCGGCCCGUGCGUCGUCACGCGCGACUUCCAUUCCUAUCACUGGAUCUACUGGGUCGGUCCCGUGCUGGGCAGCCUGCUGGCCGCCGCCUUUUACACCUUUAUCAAGGCGCUCGAGUUUGAGACGGGCGAUCUGGAGCCGGACAGCGAGGCGGCGGUGGAGGUGCCGUUGGAUCGCGAGAGUGGUGGUGCGGUUGCGGCGGAUGCGGGUCCGACGCCGGGGUUGAUGACGAGGUCGACGGGGACGACGGAUGUCUUUCAGAAGGGUCCGGAGCUGGAGAAGGCGUGAUGGGUCGAGGGCGGCAU